GUUUUGAUUACGAUAACUAGACUGGAUGGAAUUGCCACACGCACAAGGCGUACCUUGAAUUGAUAAAAGAGAUCUCCGUUUAAAAUAAUGAUAACUAUAAAACCAAUUUUUCGCGGCUUUUCACCGUUUAAGUUUAUAAGGGUAUCGUAUUCGACAAAUUCGGGAUUAUUAAGUGAUAUAAAUGUAUUAGAUUUAUCGAGAAUCAUCGCAGGGCCAGUGUGUACUAUGACCCUCGGAGACUUAGGCGCGAAUGUUAUUAAAGUAGAAAGUUUCGAGGGAGACGAGGCGAGGAAAUGGGGUCCUCCAUUUACCAAAGGCAAAGAUUCCUACUAUUUCUUAUCUGUUAAUAGAAGCAAGAAAAGCAUUUGUGUUGAUUUAAAAACUUGUGAAGGGAAAUCAAUUAUAUAUGACUUGGCAAAAAAAUGUGAUGUUGUUGUGGAGAACUUUCUACCUGGCAAGCUAGAUAAAUUGGAAGUUGGCUAUGAGAAAUUAAGUCAAGUUAAUCCUAAACUUAUAUACUGCGCUAUAACUGGUUUUGGACCGACAGGACCUUAUGCUAUGAAACCAGGUUAUGAUGUAAUCGCUGCUGCAAUGGGAGGCUUUUUAAACUCAACUGGAGAGAGGAACGGAAGACCUGUUAAGGCUGGUGUUGCCAUAACUGACGUUACAACAGGCUUGCACGCGUUUGGCGCGAUCAUGACUGCAUUAUAUUAUAGAAGGAACACUGGCAAAGGGCAGAAAAUCGAUUGUAAUCUACUCUCCACUCAAAUUUCUAGCAUGAUAAAUAUAGCAAAUAAUUAUUUGAACUGCGGCAUUGAAGGCGAGAAAUGGGGAACAGCUCAUGCUAAUUUAGUUCCUUAUCAGUCUUUUAAAACGAAUGAUGGUGAAAUGGUUAUAGGCACAGGGUCCAAUGCCCAAUUUGCAGAUUUGUGCCGACUCAUGCACAGAGAAGACUUAAUUGAAGAUGAAAGAUUCAAAGACAACGCGGCGCGUGUUGCAAAUCGCGACGACAUAAUAAGGAUUAUUAGUGACGUUAUAGUUACGAAGUCGAAAAAGCAAUGGUUGGAGGUAUUUAGACAUGCAUCAUUUGCAUAUGGACCAGUUAAUACGAUGAAGGAGGUAUUCGAAGAUGAACAUGUCAGAGAGAUAAAGUUGGUUAAGGAGUUGGAGCACCCAGAUGCUGGGAAGAUUAGGGUGGUUGGUCCGCCCACUGUUUAUUCUGAGGGUGGUAAUGAGGCAAGGUUACCACCUCCGAAAUUAGGACAACACACACGAGAUGUUUUGGCGAAUUUUCUAGGUUAUCACGAUGCGAAAAUUGAGGGAUUGAUGCAAAAUAAAGUUAUAAGAUUCACAUUAUCUUAUAUACUUAUAUUCUUUUCGGUGGAGCGCGUGACCGUGAUCACGUUGCGGCCCACGAAGCAGCAGACGCGCAAGAAGGUGGUUUGGACUGAGGAUACUGUGGAUAAUGAGCAUAUGAAUAAGAAGAAGUCGAAAUGUUGUUGUAUAUACGAAAAGCCGCGUCGCUUCGACGAGUCGGACUCAGAGAGCGACGACGAGUGCGAGCAUUGCUUCGGCCACGUCGAGAAGCGCAAGAAGCGAGCUGGCUCCAGCACCGCCACUGCGGUUCAGGAAGCAACGGAACAAACAGCAUCGAUAACGCUACAGCCGCCGGAGCCUGCACCCGCGCCGCCCGACAAGCCUUCAGCUGAUACUUAAAUACCUUUAUUCUAAAUAAAUAUAUUAUUGCUAAAAAUAAUUACUACCCAUGAUUACUCAAGUAAAAGGCGUAGAUAUAUGAUUACUAUAGUACUUAUAGUUUUGUAAC